CCUCCCUUUGAGGUUAAUAUCUUCCUGUAAAGCCUCAUAUCCACAAGAAAGUUCUCUUUAUCAACAAGGAGCCUCUUUUUAAUGAUAAGAAACCUUUAAAAAAGCUUGUUUUUAAGGUUCUGUAUCUACCACGAUCCUCUCUUUAACACUUUUUGUCCAUCUAGGCUAACUUGAGGUUAGCAUGAACACCAGGAACCUCUCUGCAAGGUUACACAUCUGCAAAGAACCAUUUUCCGACUGGAAAUCCUUUUCUGGGUCCUCUCGGUAAUGUUUUAAUGUCUGAAUGUCCUACACGAUACUGUAUUUUUAUCUCAAAUACCCAUCAGGAACUGUAUAACUACCUGGAAGCUCUCUUUCAGGUUUAUAUGCUCUCCUCUCACUCUUUUUAAGGGUUUUUAACCUCUGAGAUACACUAUAUUUAAGGGACUAUCAACCAAGAACCUCUUUAAGUUCUUCUAAGACAAUAUCCAUGAGGAACUUGAGGUUAAAUAUCUACCAAGGACCUCUCUGUCCACCAACAGUAUCUACUUGAAUCCAUCCCUGAAGGUGAAAUACCCAGGAACCUGUAUUUAAGGGUCCAUAUCCACUGAGAAAAUCUCUUUUUUAAGGCUUCCCCCUCCAGGAACAUCUCUUUGUGGCCAUACAUCUACCAGGAUUUUAAGAAACCAGGAGCUUUCCACACUCAGUCUAAAUGCUACAAGCUGAAACUGAGACUCUGGGUGGUAAUGAGGACCUAAAACUGAAGGGUGAUGAAAAAGAAAAACCAUGACUGAUGUGGUUUUUAUGCACCGCUGCUGUCUUGCCCUCUUAUCUUAAAGAAAUGUUGGCAUCAAAAGAAAAAAGUUCACAUUAUUGUGUGUAAUUUGCACUGAGCAUCUACAACCACUAACGUAGCAACCGUAGCAGGAGCGCUGCAGCAUGGGACUCAGCUGCUUCAAGUCCUGGAAACAUGACAGUACAGGCCACAAAGGUAACAGAGAUGUGCUGGCCAGCCCAGGCUCGUAUUUCUUUCUAUCUAACAGUGCUGGUCAGGGUGACGAGUGGCUGAAGAGCCUCAACAAGGGAGUCUGGAUCCCUUUCACAGGGGUCUUUGGUCAGCGACUGGAGGAGACGGUGCUGUAUGAGCGACGUUAUGGGGUGCGUUUGGUUCCUCUGGUGGUGGAGCAGUGUGUGACCUUUAUCCGGCAGCGUGGCCUGCAUGAAGUGGGCUUGUUUCGCCAGCCCGGACAGGCCAGUCUGGUCAAAGAGCUGCAGGAGGCUUUUGAUGCAGGGGAGAGACCGUCUUUUGACAGUAGUACAGACGUCCACACAGUAGCAUCACUACUGAAGCUCUACCUCCGACAGCUGCCAGAGCCUCUGGUUCCCUACAGCCGCUAUCAGGACUUCCUACUCUGUGGCCAGAAGCUGUCGAGCAACCGCACACUGGUUUUGGGGGAGUUGAGGAAUCUUCUUCAUGAGUUGCCAGUUGCAAACUUCAACCUACUCAACUUUAUCUGCCAGUUUCUAAAUGAGGUCCAGAGUUACUCCAGCAGUAACAAGAUGAGUGGCCAGAACUUGGCUACAGUGUUCGGGCCAAACAUCCUCCGUGGCAAAGCUGAAGAUCCUCAAAGCAUCAUGGGAGGUGCAGGACUGGUCCAGGUGCUAAUGCUGGAGCUGAUCAGAGAGCACGAGUCUCUGUUUGCUAAAGUCCCCCCACCCAUCUCUGCCCGUCCACUUGGAGGUCCGCACGCAUCACCAAGUGCUCUGAGGCAGCCUCAUCUCCACCCGUCGCCCUGCCUCCGCCAGCUCUCUAUGCCUCUGAUUGUAGAGCGCUCCAGAGAGGCAGGACAGCCUGCUGCAGAUGAACAGAACCCCAGCUGCAUUUACUCUGCUGCUGCCAAAUCAGACCUUUCCUCUGGCCAGAAGAAAUUUCUUGGGCAUCGCUACACCUCCUCUCACCCAGAGAACUGCUUCUACCCUUUACCUUCCUCCAGUCAGCCCCUGCAGCACCACUCUGACAGACACAACCUAGAUUAUCACCAGCACCGCGCUGGCCAAGGACCGUCCCCUGCAAAUGUUCAAUCUUCUACAACCAGCCUCCAGUUACAAGACCCACUGCCAGAUGGCUCCAGUCCCAGACCGAUGCUCUUGGGCUGGGCAAAGGCCUGGCCUGGCCCUGCAGAGACAAGCGCUGGUUUCUGGACCUGUGGUGCUGCAGAGGAAGAGGGUUCAGUGCCAGGAACAGCCAGCAGGGACAGCAGUGAGGAUCAGGAGGAUAGCAACCUUUCAGCCUAUGACAACCUGGACAGAGUGUCUCCAUGUCAGAGGAUGGAAGGUGUCACUGAGGAAACCAAUGAUCCAGGAGGCCAUAUUGGAGCUUGUGAGGAGGAGGUGAGGUUAGAGGAGGCGAGGCCGAGAAGGGACUCAUCUUCUUCAUGGUCUUCUUACGAGGGUCUACCAUUAGAUGAAGGCAGUGAAGCCGUGGGCGGGGUUAGUCCUGAUGUGUCACCAAAGAGACCUGAAAGGUUACCAUCAAGUCAGGUAGCAGAAGAGGAAAGCAGUGAUAAUGACGCUCAUGAAGACAACAAUGACGAUGAUGAUAGUGAUGAAGACAAUGAUGAUGAUGAUGAUGAUGUCCACCACCCUAACUCCCCAGCCUCCGGUUGUGUACUCAGUGACAGCCCUCUCAGCACAGGUAGCUCAGAUGUGUUCCUACCCUCUGGUCCUCCAGAUCUCCAGGACCCUGAGCCUCAAUCACAGCCCGGGGAUGCUAACUCACUCCUGGCCGAGUUGCGGCUCCAGAUGGCCAGGCAGAAGGCUGAAUACCAGGCCAGGAUACAGAGGUUGGAGCGCUGUAAUGAUGUCCUGGAGCGGCAGGUUGCCAUACUGCGGGUCAGCCUGGAGCAGCAGAGGCGCAGUCGCAGCGUCGCUGAGAUCAAGAUCCACAACAUGGAGCGAGCCAAAGCCGAUGCCGACCUCCGAAACAACACGCUGCAAAGAGAGAUGGAGCUGUUCUUUCAGAUGUAUGGAGACGUCAAAAGAAGAGGAGGGGGUGAAGGAGCAAGAGGAGGAGGGAGUCUCUGAAGAUUGAUAGAAAGAGAAAAUAGAGGAA